AGGCUACUUAUAUCCAAUCCGCGCCACUAGUUGCCUUUACCUCAUACAACCCUUCCACGAACACUUACCUUAACCAUGGGGUUCCAGCUGACACCCGAGUCAUUACGGAAGCUUUGCAAAGAUCUGAAGCUUUAUACAAGCUGCCCGGAGCUUAACGACAUCCUACAUUUGCAGUGCAAGGGCAUCACGAAGCUUGAAAACUUGGAUGCGUAUACCGGCCUGAAAACGUUGUACCUUGAGCAAAAUGCAAUAUCAGAGAUUGAAAACUUGGACAAGCUCGUCAACCUACGAUGUCUUUACCUCGGGAAGAAUAUGAUAUAUUCGACGCUGGGCUUGCAAGCCCUCACCAACUUGGAGAGCCUGGACUUGUCAGAGAACGUGAUCACGACAAUCACAGACCUCUCGAAGUUGCCAUUACUAAAAACACUCAACCUAGCCGGGAACAGACUCGCCACCGUCGAUGACAUCCACGACCUCGCCGGGUGCACACAGCUGCAGUCCUUGGACCUGGCAUCCAACCGGCUACAGGCCACCGACGUGGUCGACUUCCUCACAACCCUUCCGCUGCUAUACCUGAAGCUCAUGGGCAACCCGGCAGUUAGCAACUACAAGCACUACCGCAAGACGCUGCUGGCGCGCAUGCCCGCGCUCAACUACCUGGACGACUCCCCCGUGUUCCCCAAGGACCGCCGCCUGGCGCAGGCCUUCAUAGACGGUGGCGGGCUGGAGGCGGAGCGAGCCAUGCGGGAUACCAUACGUCGCGAGGAGGACGAGCUGGCCGAGGCGCACCGCCGCGCGUUCGACGCCAUGGUGGAGCGCGCGCGGCAGCAGCCGCCCGAGCCGCACGACCCCAUGCGGUUCCGCGCGGUGCCGCCGGGUGAGAGCGACAGCGACGAGGAGGGGCUCCCCGCGCUGUACCGGCGCAGGAACAGGGCAGCUGCCAAAGCGGAUGCGGAGGCUGCAGCUGCUGCUGCGGAGGCUGAGGCGGCGGACGCCGCCGCGGUGGCGGCUGACGCCGCCCUGGCAGCGGUCAGCGACGACAGCUCUCCAGCUGUCGAUGAGGUGCCAGCCGCCACCGCAGGAGCCACCGCAGCAGCGGAGGUAUCGGGGGCUACUCUGGGCCCGGACGCAGCGGCCGUCAGCGCGCCGGCAUCGGAGUCCCUGACGCCGCCGGUGUCGGCUCAGCCUCCGCCGGGUUCGUUGAUCGUCCGGCUAGAGGCGGAGCUCCGGGAGCUGGCGGCCGCCGCCUCGUGCGGGGCGGCGGCGGCCGCAGCGGUGGGCGCUGCCUCCGUCUCCGCUGCCUCGACGGACGCCUCAGCUGCCGCCCUGCCCCCUGUGAGCGGCGGCAACAGCGGCAGCACCAACGAUGGCGCCAUCGGGGCUUCCACCCUGCUACAGGCGACGCUAGAACGUCUGCGUGCGGGCGGCGUAUCCAACAUGAUGCCCCCCGGUGUCGUACGGCAACAACAGCAGCAGCAGUACGUGCCGGGGGCAGCGCGACCGGACUUCAGAGAGGAGCUCCGAGAGCGUGCCAUCGCUCGCGCCGCUGCCCGGGCGGAGCUCGCUAAUGCCAUGUCCGCAGCGUCGGAAGGGCUGUCCUCUCCAAGAGGAGCGACUGGCAGCGGCGCCGGUGACGGCAGCAGCGACGGCGCGGAUGCGGCCUUUGGCGGCGCCGCUUCGGCCUCCUUCCCUGCCCGUGCGGGGGCGGCACAUGCGCCUCGGACCAGCCGGCCGGUGUGGCGCACUCCGGAUUACCAGCGGCUGUGGAGUAUGGCGUUGCAGGUGGGCGAGGCGCAGGAGCAGCAGCAGCAGGGACAAGAGCAGGAACAGGAGCAUGGCGCAGGAGGCGCGUUGCCAAACGGCACUCAAGAGGAGAGGGGAGAGGCGGAGGAGGCUGCAGCCGCAUCGUCGCUGUUGCAGUUCCAGGCCCCCCAACGACGUGACACAUUUGCGGAGGGGCACGUCGAGGGUGUUGCUGCUGCUGAGGGGCAGUCAGCGGUGACGACGGCAGCGGCGGCUGGAGAGCCCCCUCAUCCCUCGUUAGACCGGCAGAGCGUGACGUCAGCAAACGACGCGGCGACAGCGCCCACACCGGAUGAAGUCCAGAGCAUCGCAGAUUCCGCAAUGGGUUAUGACCGCAUCCCGCGGGGAGGCGGCGCCAGUGCUGGAGGCAGCCUGAGCGGUAGCGGCGGGCUGAGGAUGCUAGGAGGUCAUCAUCACCACGAGCGAGAUGCGGAUCUGGAUUCAGCUCGGUCACGCGGCGGCGGGCUUUCGGAUCUAGAUCUUAGGGCGGCUGAGGUGGAUCUGGAUUCUGCGCGCGGCGGGCUCGUACGGGGUCCUGGAGCCAUGCUUGGGGACAUUGACUCGGCCCGGUCGUACUCACGAGCUGCCUCCUCACGGGGUGACCCGGAUGAUGUGGAUGAUGAGGGGGGCGAGGGGGGUGAGGAGGCGGGAAGCGGCAUGGGGUUUGAGGGUGAGGAGGGCGGGGAGGGUGGCGGCAUGGGGAGUGCCGGCAGCGUUCGGGAGGAGGACGUGGCGGUAGAACUCGGGGAUGGGGAGCUACGGGAGGAGGAUAGCGACAUGUCGGCAGGUGGAGUCGGCGGCGAUGACGCGGACCUGUUUGCGCGGUACUCGAUUACGACGUACGGCAGAGGCGACACGUCACACCUCCGCCAGCGGCGGAACUCCGGCGGGGGUGAGGGAUCCGAAGGUGCGACGGCGGAGGCGGCAGCGUUGUCAGCGUCCCCUGCAGCGCCGUCUACGUCGCGACUCCGGCACGGCUCCUGCGCAGGCGAAGGUCAACGGCCGCAGCCCAGUGAAGGACAGCGCGGCGAUGACAGUGGCGGCAGCGGCACACCUCAUGCGGAAGCUGCAGGGACGCCUCCCUCGCUUCCCCAGGACAACCAACCCCCCUACCACAGCCCCACCCACGCUCACUCGCAGUACUCCCAGCCUCCUCAUGCGCGUACGGCGGGCGCUGCGCACGCUCGGGAGAGAGGAGCAGCGGACGGCAGCGUAGGGGCGGGUGACGCUGGUGAGGCGGCUGUUGGUGAGGUGGACUUGGAGCCGCUGUCACUGCUGCCGCCGCAUCUGCGGAACGAGGCGUUGCCGGUGCAUGUGUCACUUUCAGGACAUGCCGGGCUUCGGAGGACGGAUACGGCUAACAUCACGACUAUGGGCGAGAGUUCGGGGGAGCAAACCCCAUUCAGCUCCGCCUCUUACGAGGGAGACGCAGCCGCCAGCGGCAGUGUCAGCGGCCCCUCUGGAAGCCACUCACCUCCGCUUCGGCACUACGACAGCGCCCGAGACCUCGGCGCAAGGGGCGACGGCGGCGGCGCCGCCACGGCUGCCGGCAACACCAAUGAAGCCGAAGAGCAGCUUCAUCAGCAUGCCUCUGCUGCAGCGACGGCGACCGCUGUGGGCAAUCCCUCGGAGCUGCUGCUCCGCGCUCGCUCCAUCAUGACGGCAUCUCCCGUGGAAGCCGCUGGUGGGCAUGGCGGCGGCGGCAGUGGCGGCGGACCGGCGGGACCCAUGGGUCACAUGCGUCGCAGCAGCUCCGCAGCUCCCGCAGACCUGUACCACCAACUAGCGGGCCAACUGCAAGACCCCGAGACUCUAGCGGCAGCACGUCAGGCGGUGCUGGGUACGGCAGCCGCUGUGGGCGGCGGAGCCCUCAUGCGGUCGGGUGGUGGAGGGCCCAUGCAGCAGCAGCAGGGGGCGCGGCAGGCGUCUAGUGCGGUUGGGCCCGGGCAGAGUACGGCAGUGGAAAGUAGCAACAGCGAUGGUGGGCCACGGCUUACUGGCUUGUAUGAGCUGGACUGAUGUAGCGCGGGGUACAGGGAGGAAGUGUGGGCGGAGGCGAAUGGUUGCAUGGCACAUACGGGUGGACAGGGGAAGCUGUGCUUGCUACACCGCGUAACAAGCCCCUUUCCUGUGACGCAUGAGUUGCGCUUUUGCGGCCAGUUGUGUUGCGCCGGUCACGACACGUGUGCUAUGUGUACAAGGCAUGGUACAGGCAAGACAAAUGGGUGCAUGUCACCUGUAACGUAUGUUGAAUUGCCCGUAUGUGUUGGUAUAUAGACAUUGCGUGGCAUGGCAACUGGCAUGUGGCUAUAACCUCUAUAUAGGUAAAAAUGGCUAUGCUAGUUUGGUACAUGAACAUUCUUUGUGACCGUUAAUGCACCUACACGUUGACUAGUGCCCCGGGCGUCAUCCCUGCUUGGCAUAUUGGUAAAUGUGCCAAAUACUUAGGGCGUGCCCGUAAAAACACAUGCUCCUAUUCCCACAGCCAUGGCACUGCAAGCACACACCAGCAUAGGUGCCAGGUUGGGACGCUAAGACUAAACACUCUCUACAAGGCUAUCCACAAAACACGGUACGGCUUUCAGCAGUUUACGAGCACCCUAUGUACAUUAUUGACAUUAGCUACGGCCCUCGUCGUGACCGGGAAGGGUCCCUCUCCUGACGCCAAACUGACCAUUGUAACCACGGACUACCGA